AUGUCGUCCACGAACUCACCGACAUUCCUCGGGCUCAAGGGCCAAAACCUCAUCUACGCCGUAACAUUCGCAUGUUCAGUUGGAUUUCUUCUUUUCGGCUAUGAUCUGGGUUUCAUGGGUGGUUUAACCACCUCUACAGAAUUCCUAGAUGUCUUCGGGGACCCUCAUGCAUCAUUACUGGCGUUCCUCGUCUCAUCCUACGAAGUCGGCGCUCUAUUAGGUGCAUUAUUCCAAUUCAUCAUGGGUGAUCGAUUCGGACGGAAACCAAAUAAUAUGGCCGGUGCAGUAAUCGUCUCAAUCGGAGCCAUUCUUCAGGCUACUACAUUCAGCCUUCCCCAAUUUCUCAUCGGUCGGAUUAUCGCUGGCUUUGGACUGGGUAUAAUGACGACUGUCAUUCCUAUCUGGUUAUCAGAGUGCAGUAUGCCACAAUCUAGAGGUCGGAUGAUGGCCAUGCAAUUAUCCAAUUUAAUCGUUGGUCUUAUUUUGGCGAACUGGCUGGACUAUGGAUUGGAGUCAUAUGCUGGAUCAAUACAGUGGCGAUUUCCAUGUGCGUUUCAGAUCGUCUUCUGCUGCAUUACGCUCGUCAUCAUGCCUUUCCUCCCCGAGUCUCCACGUUAUCUUUGCGCAAGGGGUGAUAUCGCAAAUGCAAGAAUCUCCCUAGCCGCCCUCCGAGCCGGUUUUCCCGAUGACCCAGUCGUUGUUGAAGAGAUGAAAGAAAUCCAGUAUGCGAUUUCAGUUGAAGCUGAAGAACAAGGGUCAUGGAGUGACGUGUUCAAGGAUAAUGGGAUCAGCGGUUUUACUCGGGUGGCGAUCGGGUUCGCUGCGAACUUUUUUCAGCAGAUGUCGGGAUGUAAUGUGAUGUCGUCACUUGGACCAUACGUCUUCGAAGACUCGAUCGGAAUUCUUUUUCCCUGGUGGGCCAUUGAAAGAUUCGGGCGACGCCCUCUCUUCAUGAUUGGAUCUGCAGGCAUGGGUGUAUGCAUGACACUUUCAGCCAUUUUCGUUGCGCUUGGAAGUCAGAAUCUUGGAUAUGGUGCAGCCGUUGUGCUAUAUCUAUUUCAAAGUUUCUUCACUUUAGGCUGGCAAUCCAAUAUGUGGAUCUACCCCAGUGAAAUUUUGCCAUUGAAGCUACGAUUACGAGGAGGCGCCCUGGCUGUUGUCUCUCAAUGGUUAUUUACGUUCCUCGUUGUGGAGAUUACUCCUGUUAUGAUCGAUUACAUCGGGUACAAGUGCUAUGUUGUGUUUGCAAUCAUCAACUUCGCAACAGUGCCACUUGUCUAUUUUACAUUCCCGGAGACCAGCAAGAUGCCCCUGGAAGCAGUGGAUCUUUUCUUUGCUGAUCGAGAUGGCAAGAGACCAUCGCUUUGGAGAGUGGUUCAAGACUCUCUCAAUAAGGAUUUUGUUCGUGGAGUUGAGAGACAGCUGCAAGAAAGAGCAAUGCUGAGGGCAGAGAAACAAGAGGAGAUAUCUGGAGCUGAGCACAGGUCAGAGCAUCUUGAGCUACAGGCUGCAUGA